AUGACAGAACCCAUUCUUUAUUCUGACAAAUUUAUCAUAAUCACAACAAAAAAUUUAACCAUUAAAAAUUAUUAUUUUCCAUUUGCUACUUCGUUUGUUAUUCCAUUAAUAAAAAUCGUUUCAGUUGAUACAGCCGAAGAGUUAAACCUUGGAUUUUUUUCGUUAAAGAGUUGGGGGAUGCCAUGUUCAAAUAUUUGGUUCGCUUUAGACUUUAGUCGCCAUUUUAAUCCUAAAAGUAAAAUCGGUGUUAUUAAAGUGGAAAAUCAAAUGUGUCGAAAGGGAUUUUCUGUGGAAGAUGUCACGGGUAUCGAUGUUUUAAAAAAAGCUUGGAGAGAUGCAAAAAAUUUAUGA